GUCAGGAUCCUCACUGGUCAUUUACCGUCAUAACUACGAUUUUUUUGUCAUUUUUACGAAUCGCAAUUGACAAACAUUUCCUAAUUUUCUAGUGCAACUGGUAUAAAUAUGGAGGGGAAUCGUCCCCGAAUCAUUCUCAAUCUUUACUCCUCAGCGAAUCAUACCAACGUGAAGUCCCUACCGACCCGACACCAUGAUGAAGGUAUUGUUUCUCCUGUCCUGCCUCGUGGCUUGUGGGCUCUGCCAUUACUAUGGAAAUUCCUUUGGUAAUGGUUUUGGGAAUGGAUUUGGGUCAUCACGAUUUGACGAUGGAUAUGGACAAGAUCUUGGAUUUUCUGGUUCGGGAUGGAUUUGGAUCUGGAUUUGGAUCUGGAGUUGGAUCUGGAUUUGGAUCUGGAGUUGGAUCUGGAUUUGGAUCUGGAUUUGGUUCCGGAUUUGGAUCCGGAUUUGGAUCCGGUUUUGGAUCUGGAUUUGGAUCUGGAUCCGGAUUUGGAAAUUUCUACGGCCGAGGAGGAAACGGACAAGGAGGAAACGGACAAGGAAGCUUUGGACGUGGAUACGGAAACAGGGGGAUGAGGAGAAGUCCUGUAAUUGGUGGAUAUUAAGACAGCAGAAAUUCAAGAUUUAUCUCAUCCAGCAUCAUAGAUCAUCUUAUUUAUUGCGUCAUUAUAAUAUUUCCCACUUAAUAAAUUGUGUUUCUAAACAGAAAUAUGUUGUUAUUUUUAUUAAAAUCGCGAAAGGUUCAGGGAACUUCUAA